GCGCUAGCGCCCGCCAUGCCCAGCUCGCUCGGCCAGCCCGACGGCGGCGGGGGCGGGGGCGGGGGCGCGGGCGGCGGCGGCGGCGCGGGGGCGGCGGGGGGGGACCCCAGCCCCGGACCCGCACCCGCGCCCCCGCCCGAGGGCGCCCAGGAGGCCGCGCCCGCGCCCCGGCCGCCGCCCGAGCCCGACGACGCGGCCGCCGCGCUGCGCCUGCCCCUGGACCAGCUGUCGGCGCUCGGGCUGGGGGGCGCGGACGACGAGGGGGCGGCCGGGGACGGCGCGGCGGCUGUGGGGGGCGCGGACGGCGGGACGGCUCCGGAGCCCGCGCCCCCCGACGGGCCCGAGGCCGGCGCGCCCGCGAGCCUGGCCCCCGCUGCGGCCGUGUCGGUGGCCCCCGCGUCGCUGCCGCUGCUGGACCCCGGCACGAGCCCCCCGCCGCCGCCCCGGCCGUCGCCCCCCGACGUGUUCGCGGGCUUCGCGCCCCACCCCGCGGCCCUGGGCCCCCCGACGCUGCUGGCCGAGCAGAUGAGCGUGAUCGGCAGCCGCAAGAAGAGCGUCAACAUGACCGAGUGCGUCCCGGUGCCCAGCUCCGAGCACGUCGCCGAGAUCGUGGGUCGCCAGGGUUGUAAGAUCAAGGCCCUGCGGGCCAAGACAAACACCUACAUCAAGACCCCUGUGCGGGGCGAGGAGCCGGUCUUCAUCGUGACAGGCCGGAAGGAGGACGUGGAGAUGGCCAAACGUGAGAUCCUGUCGGCGGCCGAGCACUUCUCCAUCAUCCGCGCGACGCGCAGCAAGGCCGGGGGUCUGCCCGGCUCUGCCCAGGGCCCGCCCAACCUCCCGGGACAGACCACCAUCCAGGUGCGCGUGCCCUACCGGGUCGUGGGGCUGGUCGUGGGGCCCAAGGGCGCCACCAUCAAGCGCAUCCAGCAGCGGACGCACACCUACAUCGUGACGCCCGGCCGCGACAAGGAGCCCGUGUUCGCGGUCACCGGGAUGCCCGAGAACGUGGACCGCGCACGCGAGGAGAUCGAGGCUCACAUCACGCUGCGCACCGGCGCCUUCACCGAUGCGGGCCCCGACAGCGACUUCCACGCCAACGGCACCGACGUCUGCCUGGACCUGCUCGGGGCGGCCGCCAGCCUCUGGGCCAAGACCCCCAACCCCGGACGACGGCCCCCCACGGCCACUGCCGGCCUCCGCGGGGACACGGCCCUGGGCGCCCCCGAGGCCUUCUACGCGGGCAGCCGCGGGGGUCCCCCCGUCCCGGACCCGGGCCCCGCCAGCCCCUACAGCGGCUCCAGCAACCCCGGCUUCGCCUUCGGUGCGGAGGAUGCAGGCGCCGCGGUGGGGACCGCCGCCCCCGAGGACUGCGACUUUGGCUUCGACUUCCUGGCGCUGGACCUGACCGUGCCCGCCGCAGCCACCAUCUGGGCGCCCUUCGAAUGCUGA